UGGAUAUGAGUCCUCUCUCCUCUACCCGUUCCUCGUCUUCUUCCUCUCCUCUGCUUCAUCUCUGUUUCCUCUCCUCCUCCUCUUCCUCCUCCUCCUCUUCCUCCUCCUCCUGGUAGCGCCCUGGGCUCCCUCACUGCCGGCCCUCGUGGGAACGGGAGUCUGAUCGGGUGGCAGAAAAGUGAACUUCAAUGUCAGCUGGGGAUCAGAGGAAUGGUGGAGACCAAGAGAAAGAACCGGGGUCUUUGGCUGAGGUCUGGCCGGAGGCGGAGCGAGCCGAGGGUCUGGCCCGCGGAGCCGCCCUCAAGUGGGCGUCGGUGGUUUUCUGUCGGCCCGAGCACCUGGACCGGCUCGGCCACUACAGAAAGAGAGAGAGCCAGAGGACGGCCUCCGUACACACCAGGCUGAAGUCCAUGGUGCAGUCGUACCUGGAGGGCGUGUCCUGGGGUCUGGAGCAGCUCCGGGGGGCCCGGGCCGAGCUCGCCGAGGUGUCCCAGGCUCUGAGGAGAGCCGGCCUGGAGUCCGACGGCAACGCGGACGGCCUGAAGUCUCUGGAGAGGCUGAGGGAGGUGUCAGUCAGCCACCGGCAGCUGCUCGCCGCCGUCAGCAACCUGCCCAGGCUGUACGCAGUGCCCAGCAUGGUUAUGGAGACGGAGCGCCUGGUGGAGUCCCGCCGGCUGCUGGAGGCGCACGCCCGCCUCAUGGAUCUGGAGCGGUGGCAGGACGACAUCCUGUGGCAGCUGCAGGGGUCGCCGGGGGGUCGGCUGAGUGCGGAGGAGCAGCAGCUGGUGGAGGAGUACUUCUCUGGAGUGGGGCAGCUGGUGGAGGCUCUGGGUAAGGAGCUGUGGGCGGUGGUGAGCAGCGCUUUGGCUCUGGCCCGGCAGAACCCAACGCCGUUCGUGUCCGCGGUGAGGAUCGUGGAGCGGGAGGAGGCGCUGGACCGGGCGCUGCUGGAGGAGCGAGGGGGGCCUCAGCGCCGGCCGCUGCCCCCCGGGAGGCCUCGCUGCUGGAGGACCAGCUUCUUCCAGGUCCUGGAGGAGGCGGUCUCCGCUCGGUUCCGCAGUGUCUCCUACCUCCACACUCGUGGCCCGGGUCUGGCCGGGCACCUGUCGGCCCUGCAGCACGGCAUCAUGGCCGACCUGGCCACAGUGCGCCACCUGCUGGAGCACUGCGUCCCCCCACACUACCAGCUGACCGCAGCCUACCUGAGGGCCAGCCAUAACUGUUUACAUACUCACCUGACACAGGUCAGCAGCUGGGACCUGGAGAGUGGCGAGAUCUUCGCUGUGCUCAACUGGGUGCUGCACGUCUACAACAGUCCAGACAUGAUGGGCCAUCCGGAGCUGCAGGCUGAGAUGGAGAGAGAGGAGCUGGGGCCGCUCAUCUCCGCCGAGGGGCUGCAGCAGCUGCAGAGUAAAUACGUGCAGAGCGUCCGUAAGAGUGUGUCAGAAUGGAUGCACAAAGCUCUGCAGGUGGAGCUGCAGGACUGGCAGAGAGACCAGGAGCCGGAUACAGACCACGAAGGUUUCUACCAGACCAGCCUGCCCACCAUCAUCACACAAAUGCUGGAGGAGAACGCCCGCGUGGCUCUGAUGAUCGGACCCUCCCUUCGAGAUCAGACCAUCCAGAUGGGACUGUACGAGAUGGAGAACCUCCUGAACCGGUUUCGGGAAGCUCUGGUGGAUUUUGGGAAGGAGCAUCGCAGAAAUCCGAGUAUCAACAGAAACAAGUUCUACCUCCACUACCUGCUGGCCUCCAUCAGCAACUGCAUCAUCCUCAAGAAGUCCACAGAGAGUCUGCAGAGGCAGCAGUCGUCCCGCUCGGCCUCUCAGUUCUCCCGGACCCCCCCGAACCCGCUGGCGGCCCUGGACCGGGCGGUGCGGCGGGCCUGCCGCCUGGUGAUGGAGCAGCUGCUGCUGGAGCUGCAGCCGCUCCUGCCGGGCCUGCUGACCCGGCCCUGGCUGCUCCGGGGAGACCCCACGCCCAAACUGUGCCGCGUCGUGGAGGCUCACCUGGAGCUGUACGGCCGAGUCCGGCCGCCCUGCGGGCAGCGUCUCCAGGAGGAGUGUCAGUGGGUGCUGGUGGUGGAGUUUGUCCGAGCGCUGAUGCAGAGGAGGCUUGUGUGUCGCAGCGCCGAGGAGAGGAAGCAGCUGGCUCAGCAGAUGAUCCAGGACGAGCAGCUCUUCAGAGAGCUCUUCCACGGUGUGGACUCUGAGGGUCCUCUUUCUGAGGUCAACCCUCUGGCUUUACUUCCUGUCCUGGCGGACUUCAUCCGGCUCAGAGACCCCGGCAUGUUGCCCCUGGAGGUGUCUGGACUGGCAGCCAAAUACCCCGACAUCAGUGAGGAGCACGUCUCGGUGCUGCUGGACGUCCGGGGGGACGUCUGCAGGGACGUCCGAGGGGCCGUGCUGGACCUGCUGGAGCAGAGCGCCCCCCCCCUCCCUGCCGGGUACCGACCCAUCUUCACCGACAUCUUGGUUCCUCCGGCCACCAUGGCCUUCUGCCUGCCCACCGCCAAGUGUGCGUGAGGGGCCGCCACGGUCUGGGUGGACCGGACCCCCAAAGGCUGACUGGACCCCCACGGUCCAUCUGACCCCCUACAGUCUAACUGGAUUUCAUCUCGCACUGUGGAUACCACUGAGUUCAGCCAGUUUACAUGAACUGAUCGAUUUGAUUGACUCUGAACUCUUUGAAUAUCUUCAUUCUUCUGGGUUUAUGACACUUUUACCUCCAGCUGGAUCUCAAGAGGCUACGAUGUUCCACAAGAUGGGAGAUUGAAGAGUCCACUUCAAUCCACUACAAUCAUAUUUAGCAUGAGCACAAAGUAUCUUAAAGUGGAAAAAAAAAUAGCAGUAACGAUUUUUUGGGCUGUAAAAGUUGACAGCAUUUCUUUACAGAAAACAGUUUAAGCGGAAAAGUUACUUUGUUACUUCACUUCUUCAGAGGCUACAAUGUUCCUCUGAGCUGAAAUUGAACUUCCAGUCAGAAGGAAACAAGUCCAAGUUUGAGGAGGAGAAAAAAACAGUGAUAAAGUGAGUAUUUUAGAACUGACGAGGACACUUGUUUCUCUCUGACAAAAAAAAAAAAGCUUUUCUCUACUAUCUCUACUAUCUGCAGUGAUAACGCUUCCUUCUUCUAAGCAUACAGGUGUUAUUCAAUAAAUCUUAAUGCAACAUAAUGAAUAAGAAGUUAAAUAUGUCCAAACAUGUUACAGAACUGCUUAUUGCCGGAAAUGAUCAUAUUGUUUUCAUCAGAUUUCUGAAGUUGACAACUCGGUUAGAAAAAUAACUGUUAAAGCUGGAUUUCUUCUUUCUACAGCGGGACCAUCUUCAGUUAAAGUCAGAACUGUUUGCAGUUUUCUUUUUUCUUCAUUUUUCAAACUGAAGCAGGUUUUUUUUCAGUUGUUUAAAAGACUUCCUCUUUAUCUCAACCUGGAUUUGUUAUAUCAGCUGUUUUAUAUGUAUUUAUUAUAUUUAUGUAAAUACGUUCUUGUAUUUUGUUUUCCAAUAUUUUUUUUCUGGGCCUGAAGCACACAGUGAACAAUAAAAUCUUAUUG